AUGACUGACCCUUUCAAUGAUCCGUCUACUGAGGAUGUCAUGGAGGAUCUUCAACUUCACGAAGUCAUCCUGCAGAGUCUUGACGAACAGCGCCCGGACGCCGUCGAUGAACGACAAGAGAUCCUCGACAUCAUCAAAUCCUUGCAAUCGCAACUGGCACAACUUCGCGGUGAGCCAUCGCCCAAACCGAGCUCAGAGAAUAACUCAGCGACACCAGCUCCUCCUUCCUCCUCGAUGCUAUCAGCAGCACAACUCGACGGCUCCUACGACGUGAGCCCGUUCGAUGACUCGCCGCCGCCGCCUCGAUGGGGCCUGGGCCAGGGCGAGUCCCCCAGCUUCGCUCCAGCGCAACGAUCCCACGAUCUUUCUAAUCGAAAGCGUCGACACACGGACGAACCCUCAGAUGGAAUGCGACCGCCGAACAAGCGAAUUCAAAGCGACGCAUACCUCCCUCCUAUAUCGAGUCAACUUGCCCCGUCUACGCAGGAAGACAGCGACGAGUACGAUGGUGCAGACGAACUCCGGCAGUUACUAGGCCUGGAUGACGAGGAUACUAUGGUUGCGUUUCAGGAUGAGCAGAGGAAGGCAGAACAAUGGUUAAAGGAGCGGAAGGACCAGGAACGGCGGGAUGAGGAGUAUGCGCGGAUGCUUCACGAUGGUCUGUUUGAGCGCCCGCGGGAACGACCACGAGAGCUGCCACGAGAACUACCACGGCCUGCGUCUGCUCAAAGUUCGACAUCCAUGUACUACGGUUCUUCGCUUCCAUUUCUUGCGUCCGCCGCUCCGACUCCAGCUCUAGCCCAGGCACAGGUCGAGGCCCCGAUUUUGCCGGCUCUGAGACCGGAUCCAGUAGACCAGACUCGACUCUUCCCUCCCGCACACCAGUCACCAUUCAUGCCCAGUGUCCCCGAUCGUCAAUCAAGGCAUUUAAUGUCUAGUUUCAAUUCAAAUAAGGCCCCGCCAACUGAUCGCCAGCUCCCGUCACUCAAACAGGAGAGUGAUGACAGUGACAUCCAGGAAAUAACCCCAAGUGAUUUUUGGGCUCGUCCUCGAGACUCCUCGUUUGCAGAAAAUGGUCUUGACAAGCCACCGGCAAUGUGGACUUCUAACAUGGGUUUCCCGUCGAUGCCUCCAUAUCAACAGAUGAGCCAAACCUACAACCCUGUCUACCAACCGACGCCGGGUCCAAGUGCUUUUGAGACUGGAUCUGGUUCUGGCCCGAUUUAUGGCCACAACGUCUUGCAGAAUACCAUGGCAAGGCUCAAUGCAGGACGUCAUUUACUGGACCAAGCGGGGAAGUCCGUGUAUGGUGGAUUCCCGGAAUAUUCUGCUUUCAAGUCUGAAGAUGCAAUCUCCCGUACCCUGGACUAUGGAUUCAACGACUCAACUUUUGAUUCGUUAGGCUUUAAUGACCUUUAUGGAGACGGUGCAGAUCCCAAGAAGACCGCGGAAGAGAUUAAACAGCUGCUCGAAAAUAUCAGACCCGAUAUGGAGUUAUCCAAGCAAAACCGGGAGGGUACUCCAGAGGCCCUCAAGGUCACGCUAUUGGAGCACCAGAAGCUGGGACUGGCCUGGAUGAAGUCGAUGGAAGACAGCGAAACGAGAGGCGGAAUCCUGGCGGAUGACAUGGGUCUCGGGAAGACCAUCCAAGCACUGGCCCUUAUGAGCUCACGGCAAUCGAGCAAUCCUGAACGCAAGUCGAACUUGGUCAUCGCUCCCGUUGCCUUGAUGCAACAAUGGAAACGGGAAAUCGAGCGACUGCUACGACCCGGCCGGCAUCAGUUGUCCGUCUUUGUUCUACAUGGCGACAAACGGUCGACGAGUUUCAGAGACCUAAAAGAAUACGACGUGGUUCUUACCACUUUUGGAACGCUGGCGUCGGAGUAUAAACGCAAGGAACACUUUGAGCAGCUGCACAAACAGUCUGGGUCAAGCGAGCCUUUGCCGCCAAAGGUUGUCAACCAACUGCCGUGCCUGGGUCCUAAGAGUAAGUGGCAUCGGGUCAUCAUUGAUGAGGCGCAAUGCAUCAAGAACCGGAAUACCAAGGCUGCGCUGGCUGCUUGUCAGUUGGAUUCCACGCAUCGAUGGUGUAUGAGUGGUACGCCUAUGAUGAACAACGUGGAGGAGUUGCAUUCACUGCUGAGGUUCCUACGCAUUCGCCCUUACUCGAAUCUUGAACGGUUCAACCGUGAAUUCACGAGGCCGCUCAAGAAAGGCCCGGACUCGGCGCGAGAAAAAGCCAUGAGACAGCUUCAAGUUCUGCUCAAGGCAGUCCUUUUGCGACGGACCAAGUACUCAAAGAUUGACGGAAAGCCAAUCCUGCAGCUACCCCCGCGCGUUUCAGAGAAGGUGUAUGGGAUUUUCAGCGAGGACGAACGAGAACUGUACACUUCUCUGGAGAGCCAAACGCAGGUCACCUUCAACAAAUACCUCAAGGCCGGCACGGUUGGCCGGAAUUACUCCAGCAUUCUUGUUUUGCUGCUGCGACUCCGCCAAGCCUGCUGCCACCCGCAUCUGAUGUCGGAUUUCAGCGUCAACGUCGAGACAAACGCAAACACGAACGAAGUUGAUCUGGUCGCGAAUGCCAAGGCGUUCCCCAGUGAGGUUGUGAUUCGUUUGAAGGAUAACCAGGAACUCGAGUGUCCGAUUUGUAUCGAUGCUGUUGACAAUCCUAUCAUUUUCUUCCCUUGUGGACACAGUACCUGUGCGGAGUGCUUUUCGAGGAUAUCGGACCCAUCUCAGGCUGUGCGACACGGUGUUGAUGGAUCUAUCGAGGUGAAGUGUCCGAACUGCCGUGGCAAAGUCGAUACCAAGAAGAUCACCGAUCACGCUACGUUCAACAAAGUCCACUUUCCGGACCCUUCUGAUGAGACUGAGGAGGCUGCACCUGAGAAGCCAGUUGCAGAGGAAGACCCCGAUGAAACUGAUCGCGAUAGUGAGAGCGACGAUGAGGACCUCUCCAAGUUCAUCGUCAAGGACAACGACUUUGGCUAUUCCGACAGGGAUAAGGGCAAAGGCAAGGGGAAGAAGAUCAAGAAACCCAAGAAGACCCUCGCCGAACUGAAGAAAGAAGGCAUGCGCAACCAAAAGGCCAAGCGCAAAUACCUCCACCGCCUCGAAAAGAACUGGGUUUCCAGCGCCAAAAUCGACAAGACUAUGGAAAUCCUCCAGGCGGUUGAGGACCGCCAAGAAGGCGAGAAAACCAUCAUCUUCUCUCAGUUCACCUCCCUCCUCGAUCUUCUCGAAGUCCCCAUCGCCCGCCGCGGCUGGAACUACCGCCGCUACGACGGCAGCAUGCGACCCCCGGACCGUAACGCCGCCGUCCUCGACUUCACCGACCAACCCGACUGCAAGAUCAUGCUUGUGUCGCUGAAAGCCGGAAACUCAGGUCUAAACCUCGUUGCCGCUUCGCAGGUCAUCGUUUUCGACCCCUUCUGGAACCCGUAUAUCGAGGAGCAGGCGAUUGAUCGCGCGCAUCGGAUCGGACAACAGCGCGAGGUACAGGUCCAUCGCAUCCUGGUAGAGAAGACUGUUGAGGAUCGUAUCUUGGAAUUGCAGGAGAAGAAGCGUGAGGUGAUCGAGGGUGCGUUGGAUGAGAAUGCGUCGAAGAAUGUGUCGAGGUUGGGGACCAGGGAGUUGGGAUAUUUAUUCGGUGUCAACACUUGA